CUGUUGCCGUAUCGUACAACCUUCCUUGUUCAGCAACUGCAUUGACUUCAAUACUUGAAAAACCCUCUGCAGAGAGAGAGGACCUCGUCUCCUAUUCCGCGGAAUCAAGCAGGAGCAUAGCAAAAAUCUUAUUUAAUUUCGUUGCAUUGCACCGUGCGGUUAGAAAUCUUCGAGUUCGCGUUCGUCUUUCUGCUUCCCAACAGAAAUUGAAAGACAAACAGUGUCAUCAGCCGAUUUCCAAAAUCCGUGUGCUUCCCUCGUGUGUGAGUUACCGCCUCUAUUGCAAAAGUAAGCAAAAGGUGUCAUUCGCAAAGGAGUGGUGUAAAGAAAGCUGAGUUUGUUUUUGUUCGAGGUGAAAAUUAUUGUACCGUGUUUCUAAAGAAGAGCUCCAACCGUCUGACCGCCGUUUCCAGCAGGGCUGCAAAAUGUUGAUCAAAGAGUUUCGAGUAACGCUACCAUUGACGGUCGAAGAGUACCAAGUGGCACAGCUGUACUGCGUGGCGGAAGUAUCUAAAAACGAAACGGGCGGUGGCGAAGGUAUUGAGGUGCUGAAAAAUGAACCCUUCGACAACUAUCCGCUGCUUGGUGGGAAGUACAAUUCCGGUCAGUAUACGUACAAAAUCUAUCAUUUGGCCUCGAAGGUGCCGGCCUUUAUCCGGCUGCUCGCACCGAAGGGAUCGCUAGAAGUGCACGAGGAAGCAUGGAAUGCAUAUCCGUACUGCCGGACAGUCAUAACCAAUCCUGGCUACAUGAAGGAUAAUUUCAUCAUCUGUAUCGAAUCAUUACACGUCGCCGACGCCGGCGAUCAGCCUAAUGCUCACGAGUUGACGCCAGAAAAGCUAAAGGCACGUGACGUAGUCCACAUCGACAUCGCAAACGAUCCCGUCUCGCAGACGGAUUACAAAGAGACGGAGGAUCCCACGAAGUUCAAGUCGAAGAAAACUGGUCGCGGCCCGCUGGUCGGCCCGGACUGGAGGAAGAGCGUGUCGCCGGUAAUGACCUGCUACAAGCUGGUCACCUGCGAGUUCAAAUGGUUCGGACUGCAGUCCAGAAUAGAGAACUUCAUCCAGAAGUCGGAGCGGAGACUGUUCACCAUAUUCCACCGGCAAGUGUUCUGCUGGAUGGACAGCUGGCACGGGCUAACCAUGCAGGACAUCCGCGAGCUGGAGGAUAAAACCAAAGAGGAGCUGGACAAACAGCGCCACGUCGGCGAGGUGCGCGGCAUGCGUGCCGAAAGUGACUAGAUCCCUCCCUCGGUCCCCCCCAUUCCCCGGUCCUCCGAUCAUCCCGUCUGCUGUGAGCUGUGAAGAAAGGAAAGAUAGAAACGAUGGAACCGACACAACGCCACAUACGCACGCUGAGGGAAGGUUUGGGGAAGUGAAAAAGAAGUGGGGGUUUUGCCCGCCAUUUAUCCCCCCGUUUUCAAUUCCGCUUCUCCUUCACAACCUUCGCACGCCCCUGUGGUGUUGUGUAUUGUGCGUGUAAUAUUCGCAAGAAGGAGAGAUAGGAGGAACUUUUUUGUUUUUUUGGACAGUGUAUAAUUUUUACUCGGUUUUCAUUUAUAAGUUUUUGUGUCUUUUUUUUGAGAAUUUGUUUUUUUGUUUUGUUUUUGUUCAUCGCUCGGUCGGUUAAACAAGUGCAUAUACAUAUACGACGAGAAGCGUGGGCAAAAACGCGGGAACUAGAAAUUACGGUGGUGUAACAUGCAAAUAGGCAACACGCGGGCAGACUACAAAACAAAAUGCUAACAGUAAGAUGAAAAAUAUAGGGAGCGGGCAUGAGUGCGGGUGUGUGUGUGUAAGUGUAGUAGGAAUGCCAGAAAAGAGUCAGAUACACAUAGUGCAAGAUACAUAUUGUAAUAGCAUAAGCAAAGCAACAAACAAACAAACAAAAAUGCAGUAGUUGGACACAGUUUCUAAAUUCACGCAGCAAGCGAGCACGUAGCUGCCCCGCUAUAGAGGCAGACACAGGCAGGACAUAACAUUCGCAAAACGCAAACCUAUAACCUAUAACGAUAACCGCAUAGUGAAGAGAAGUUGUAACCGGGAAAGCAAAAACGGUGGCGAGCUCUAGUGUGUUCAACGAAAAGAGAACGGUGGCGAAUGGCGGCGAACAUUGUGAUGUAGUAAGCGAACCGAUUUAAACGAAAGGACAAACAAACCAAUCUAUCCAACGUACCACCACCACCACCACCAACAACAUUAUUAUAGCGGUAAACGCAGCAGUAAAGCAAUAUAUACAGCAGAACAUUAACUCCAAACUGGGCACAGGCAACAACAAAUUCGGCUGAGCGCCUGAUACUACAUACCUUAAAAUGCGCCGCGCGCCCCGUAAAUUGCAAUGCCACAACUCCAUUUUUUGUUUUCGCCAUUUGCCGAAAGCACGUUACAUGCCAUUGGUGAAGCAGAAUAUAGCAAGAGCAAACCGGUGCAACGAUGGAAAGAGGUACGGAAAGGCGUGAAAGGGUGAAGAAACGGUGAAACGAAAGUUCAAUAAAACACCACUUGAUGAAAAGAACAA